AUGCGGGACAACAAUCCCAUGUUCGCGAACCUUACAUUACAAAAGUUUCAUAUUUUGUAUCUCAAUUUAGGAUCAGCCAUUUCAGGGCAAAUCACACAAGCUGUCUUCAAUGAUUAUUACGAUCCGUCGGCGACGACGCAGUGUUUGGCAGAGCCUGGGAGUCUUAUGUAUGGAGGUGGGGUCAUACUAAACCCAGAGUUCGUCCAUGGCACUGACGGAUGGACCGCGUUCGGGCAAGGAGCGAUCGAAGUGCGCGUAUUGCAUACCAACAACAGGUUCAUGGUGGCGCGCAACAGGAAACGCCCAUCGGACAGUUUCUCUCAGAAAGUCCAACUCGAGGAGGGAACGUUCUAUGCAUUUUCCGCUUGGGUACAAGUCAGUCAAGGAAGCGAGACGGUAGCGGUGGUGUUUCAAACUAGAGAUGGCGAGUUUGUCCGUGGAGGCAGUGUGGUGGCCGAGCAGGGGUGCUGGUCUUUGCUAAAAGGAGGCAUCGCCGCGAAUUCUUCGAGCCCGGCUGAUGUUCUUUUCGAGAGCAAGAAUACCUCAACGGAGAUAUGGGUCGACAACGUUGCGUUGCAGCCGUUCUCGAAGGGGCAAUGGAGGAAUCACCAAGAAGAAAGCAUAGAGAAGGUACGGAAGAGCAGAGUGAGGUUCCAGAUAACUUAUGCCGACAAACGAGGACUUGGAGUCGGAGGAGCCAAUGUUCUCAUCAAACAAACCAAACCGGGCUUUCCGUUCGGGUGCGGCAUGAACUUCCACAUCCUCGAGAGCGCCGACUACCAGAACUGGUUUGCAUCACGAUUCAGAUUCACCACUUUCACCAAUGCAAUGAAGUGGUACACCACAGAGGAGGAACAAGGCCAAGAGAACUAUACAGUAGCCGACGCGAUGGUGAGAUUCGCGCAAGGCAACAACAUUUCGAUCCGUGGUCACAAUGUGUUCUGGGACAACCAAAAGUACCAGCCCGAUUCGGUCAAGACCCUUUCGCCCGAUGAUCUGCGAAGAGCAGCAGAGAAGAGGAUCAACUCGGUCGUCUCUAGAUACGCAGGAGAACUGAUUGCUUGGGAUGUGGUCAAUGAGAACCUGCACUUCAGCUUCUUCGAGGACAACCUCGGGAAAGACGCUUCCUCGAUGUAUUACUCAACGGCAUACAAGCUCGACCCGACUCCUAGGAUGUUCUUGAACGAGUACAACACCAUCGAGUACAGCGAGGACGAGAAGGCGAGCCCGGGGAACUACAAGAAGAGGCUAGAGGAGAUAUUUUCAUACCCGGGGAACGAAGAUAUACCGGCAGGAAUAGGAGUGCAAGGCCAUUUUGGCCCUGGCCAGCCGAACUUGGCUUACAUGAGAUCAAGCCUAGACAUUCUUGCCACAACUGGUGUGCCCAUUUGGCUCACAGAAGUGUCUGUGGAUCCAGGAGUUAACCAGGCACAGUACUUGGAGGAGGUGCUCAGGGAGGCUUAUUCCCAUCCCGGCGUGGAAGGGAUCAUAAUGUUCGCCGGCCCUGCGUACGCCGGCUUCAAUAACACCAUGCUCGCGGACAUGAACUUCAACAACACGCCAACAGGGGACAUUGUGGACAAGCUGAUCCAGGAGUGGAAAUCCGAAGACCUGGAGGCUUGCGCCGACGACGGAGGGUUCUUCAGUGCUACAUUGCUUCAUGGAGAAUACGAGAUCACCAUAACCGAUCCGGUCACUAACUCCUCUUCCACUUCAACAUUUGAAGUGACCAAAGAUGGCUCCAACAUAAUUUCCCUUCCUCAUGUGGAGUCAAUAGUCAAAGCCACAAGGCAGCUCCUAUGGAACUAAGGAUAGUGUCUAUUUGUGGAUUCAUACUUGCUGAUCAAGAUUA